GCGCCGCCGCCUUUCCGGGGCUCAGCCCGGCAGGCGCUCGGAGCGUGAGGGCGCAGGCUGCUGAGGAGUAGCGGAGCGAGCGGGGGCCGGGGUGCGGGCGGCUAAAAUGAGUGAAAGGAGAAGAUCUGCAGUCGCCCUGAGCUCGCGAGCACAUGCCUUCUCAGUUGAAGCCUUGAUCGGCUCGAAUAAAAAGCGGAAACUGCGAGACUGGGAGGAGAAGGGGCUGGACCUGUCCAUGGAGGCGCUGAGCCCCGCGGGCCCUCUCGGAGACACCGAGGACGCGGCCGCGCACUGCCUGGAGCCCCACCCGGAUUCUGAGCAGAGCACUGGUUCAGACUCUGAGGUGCUCACCGAGCGGACUUCCUGCUCCUUCGACACUCACCGGGACCUGACCUCCGGUGCUGCAGGCCCUGUGCCUGCCACCAUGUCCUCUAUGGAGGAGAUUCAGGUGGAGCUGCAAUGUGCUGACCUCUGGAAGAGGUUCCAUGACAUUGGAACUGAAAUGAUCAUCACCAAAGCGGGCAGGAGAAUGUUUCCUGCCAUGAGAGUGAAAAUCACCGGCCUGGAUCCACACCAGCAGUACUACAUAGCAAUGGACAUUGUGCCCGUGGACAAUAAAAGAUACAGAUAUGUGUAUCACAGCUCCAAGUGGAUGGUGGCAGGCAACGCUGAUUCCCCUGUGCCCCCAAGAGUUUAUAUCCACCCUGAUUCUCUAGCUUCUGGAGACACCUGGAUGAGACAGGUGGUCAGUUUUGACAAACUCAAGCUGACCAACAAUGAAUUGGAUGAUCAAGGACACAUCAUUCUGCACUCUAUGCACAAAUACCAGCCUCGAGUUCAUGUGAUUCGCAAGGACUUCAGCAGCGACCUUUCGCCCACCAAGCCUGUCCCUGUUGGGGAUGGGGUGAAAACAUUCAACUUUCCUGAGACUGUGUUUACCACGGUCACAGCCUAUCAGAAUCAGCAGAUCACCAGAUUAAAAAUCGACCGAAACCCUUUUGCUAAAGGAUUCAGAGAUUCUGGGAGGAACAGAACUGGACUGGAAGCCAUCAUGGAGACUUAUGCCUUUUGGAGACCCCCUGUGCGCACACUCACCUUUGAAGAUUUCACCACCAUGCAAAAGCAGCAAGGGGGCAGCACAGGCACUUCCCCAACCACCUCCAGCACUGGGACACCAUCCCCUUCAGCUUCUUCUCAUCUUUUAUCUCCAUCCUGUUCUCCUCCAACCUUUCAUUUGGCCCCCAACACUUUCAACGUGGGCUGUCGAGAGAGCCAGCUGUGUAAUCUAAACCUCUCUGAUUAUCCACCCUGUGCCCGAAGCAACAUGGCUGCCUUGCAGAGCUACCCAGGGCUGAGUGACAGUGGCUACAAUAGGCUCCAGAGUGGCACUGCUUCAGCCACUCAGCCCUCAGAAACCUUCAUGCCUCAGAGGACUCCAUCCCUGAUCUCAGGAAUACCAACUCCUCCCUCGUUGCCUAGCAACAGCAAGAUGGAAGCCUAUGGUGGCCAGCUGGGGUCCUUCCCAACUUCCCAGUUUCAGUAUGUCAUGCAGGCAGGCAAUGCAGCCUCCAGCUCUUCCUCACCACAUAUGUUCGGGGGCAGCCACAUGCAGCAGAGCUCCUACAAUGCCUUCUCCCUCCACAACCCCUACAACCUGUAUGGAUACAAUUUCCCCACCUCCCCUAGGCUAGCUGCAAGCCCAGAAAAACUGAGCGCCUCUCAAAGCACUUUACUCUGUUCUUCUCCUUCCAACGGGGCUUUUGGUGAGAGGCAGUACCUGCCCACAGGGAUGGAGCACAGCAUGCACAUGAUUAGCCCUUCACCCAAUAAUCAGCAGGCGACCAACACCUGUGAUGGCCGGCAGUAUGGGGCAGUCCCAGGCUCCUCCUCCCAGAUGUCCGUGCACAUGGUUUAAUGGCCAGUCAGACACCACGGAGCCCAUGGCAGCCAAGGCCCCAGAAUCUCCCUGGGCAGAUCCUCUGCUUUGGGAGCCCUUUGAAAAAGAGGAACUGUGCUUUUUUUUUUUUUGAGGAGGAAAACAUAUACCCAGGAAAAACAAGAGACACUUUUAAGCCACUGAAGGAUACUUACGGUGGAAUCAUCCCCAACUCAGUGGCCAUUCUCCUGUCAUCCCAAACCUUAGCUUUAUAAACCAUCGUCUACCCCAAGUGGCCUUUGAAAACUGAAUAAUCAUUUUAUAAUAAUGUUAAGGGAGAUGCUAGGGUGUAGCAGCCAUGACCAGUCAUAUACACAGACACACAUACAGACCUACGUAUACAUACAUACAUGCAUACAUAUAUAGCCAUGCGUUGCUUAACGUCCAUCAUACGUUCUGUGAAAUGGAACGUCAAGUGAUUUGGACGUUGUGUGAACAUGCCGAAAUCUUGAGCAAUAGCAUUCACUGAUUUUCCACGUUUGUGUGUUUAACAACUUUUUGUUUCACUUCCAAAUGGAUACUUCCUUGCCUCUUGCUGCUGCUAUCAGUAGCACUGGUUUUGCUGCAUUUGGGAGCCAUGAUGCGCUUCACAGUAAUAUUUUUGAAAGAAAAUUAAACAGAGAACGUUACGACACCCAAGAGAUGUGUGAUACAUGAGAUUGAAUGCUGCUGCCUACGAGUUGAAGCAUACACUGUUACACAGUAAACUUUUUAUUGUAAGUAGGGAAAAUUCACAUUAAAAUAAUGACGUAGUACAGUACAUAUAUAUAUAUAUAAGCCAGUAACGUAGGCUUUUAUUAUGGCUAUCAAGACAUAUGUAUUAUAGGUUAUAUAUGUACUGUACCAUUAUACGCCUGGCAGCACUAUCGCUUUGUAUACAAGAGACGUGAGAUACAUGUGUUGCAUGUGGAAAGCUGUUGUGUUCGCUACGUCCUGUUACGUUCUAUAGUCCUGUUCUCCAAUUGGGAUUUCAGAACUCUAUUAUAACCUUAUGGGACCACGGAUGUAUAUGUGGUCAGACGUUGCCCAAAUGGACGUUAUAUGGCGCAUGACUGUAUAUUCAUAUACACACUCACACACAGAACCAUACAUGCACACUGACUCUGAACUGGGUGAACUCUUUGUGGAGGGAGGCCCAGAAUGGGUGCUUUCACCAAGAAUUUGUCUAUAUACAACUCUAGAUGGACUGGGCCAGCUGUAGCUGCCAGCCUUUCUCCCCUGCAGCUUACCCUGUUUCUGGAAUGAACCGUGUAUCCUGGAACCGUUUCCCUUGAUGAAGGUGGAAAGACAUCAGUACUACAACUGGACUUGACUGCCUGAACAAGAUUGCUUUUAAACUUUGGCUCUCUUCAUUCAGCGUGCUAUCGUUGAUGUUUCCAUUGGUGCCCGUGAAAAGAGGGAGUCAGAGCAGCUGAGCAGGAGAGAGAAAGAGAAAUAACAAAGAGCAAGAGGGACGUGGAGAACAAGACUGAGAGAGAAGGUGUCAGCAAUGAUGAGAGUUUUGAUUCACCAAGGAAAUUUUGUUUUUGUUUUGUUUGCUUUCCUUUUCCCCUACAGGUUAUAGAAGGAAUCAUGGUGUUAGUGAGGAUUAAACCUCUUUGGGACACUGUGCUUCUGUGUUCUGCACUGGGUGCAUGACCAGGGCACUGGUGAGAGGCACUGGGGCAAAGAAUGCAUCUUGAUUCCACUGCUCUGACUAUCGUGAGCCAGAAGAGAGGUGCACCACAUAGGAAGUGCCGAUUCCACAGCAUGCAGCCUGGCAGGGGAAGGGAAAUAGAAGGAGUGUGAAGAAGGAAGAGUUUUAUAAUCCUGACAAUUGAUACCAAGAGCAGAGGCAACAAACAGAGGCCUGGCCCACUGCAUGCCAAGUCCAGACACCUGACCUGGAUCGGCUGGCCACUGGUCCCUGUGGCAGGAGAAAUCCUGUCAUACUCCAGGGAGUUAUAUAGAUGGGCCUUCUACACCCUUCCAUCUGCCCUUAGAUCUCUGUGUUUAUCAAAUAGCUCAUUGCAUUUUGAAGAUUUUUUUUUUUUUCCUUUUUCCCUUUCCCCUUCAAAUCUUUUAAUGAUAAGAAAACAAGUGAAGCUUGGUACAAGCUAAACUUUUUAAGUGGUGUAAACAAGUGAAGCUUGGUACAAGCUAAACUUUUUAAGUGGUGUGGAAAUGCAAAUAAUACCAAGUAAAAUAAUACAGAUAUUAUUAAGAUUUUUGGUUUUGAGGUGUUGUAGAUAAAUGUAUUUAUGUGCCUAGUGGGGAAUCCAAUAUUAUGAAUAUUAAAAAAUGGGGGCAAUAAAAAGGGUAUGUAAAAUAUGUAUGAAGAAAAAAGUGUAUAAAAAUUUGCCCUUAUGCACGGAACUCUGUUUCUAAGUGCCAAGCACAGAAAGCCGCUAAAUAAAAUCUUUGCAAUUG